UACCGGAUCGCUCCUCCGCCUCUCGUCCGCAGCCCCGAUCCCCUUUCCCCUCCGCCCGUGAUCCUCUUCGCCGCCGCAUCCUCCCGCCCCGAUCCCCUCCAACGACCCCUUCUCCGCCGAAGCUGCAGCGACGGAGCCGGCCCCCAUCCUCUCCUUUGCGAGGAAAGGGGCUCCGCCACGCAAGGAGUUGGCCGCCCAUAUCCUCCAUACCCUUUCCCGCGGUCGGUCCUCCUUCGCCGUCCACCCUGGAUCGCAAGCUUUCCCCUCUGCCCGUCUACGAUGUCCGAAUCGACAUCCUCGUGCUCCCGCAAGUGACGCCCGAUUUGAUCGUCGGUAGUCUGGUCUGAGCCAAAAGCCCAAGAGAGGAAAAUUAUUGACAUGUUUCAGGCCAGGCCUGGCUGGGGCUUGGUGUUUUUAGGUCGGCCUUUUGCAAUUGCGGUCUGGCCGACCAUGUUUACAGAAAUUCUGGAUUUGAAGUCUGUGCCCCUACACACAUGCUGCUUCAAAACCAAGUACCCAAGCCAUGUGCAACCAGACCAUGCCAAGCUCUUUGGUGGUUUGGUCGGAACAAGCUCCCAAGGUCACUCUGAGAAUUUAGAGGGGAACCUUAAUGUCUCUGCUGCUGUGUUCCUCGGCCCUCCACGCAAGCCCCUGCGUCCCCUACCCCUUCUGAUCUAGCAACCUCUCUGCCCAGUGCCCACGCACCGCUCAGGUGAGAACUGUUCCUCUUGCCUGGACCUGGAUGGGACCUUGAGUCUACUUGGGGAAAUGAAUAACUCCAGCCUGAUGGCCCGAUGCUGCAGUUGCGACUGCAAGGUCCAUCCGCAAGUACAAUUCUUAUGUGAGAGAAAUCAGGGCCUUCAAGAUAUUCUGCGUUUUGCACUACGCAAAUGUGGAGUUUUCCGUCUUUGGGGAAGAAGAACCCUCCAAAUUUCACCUUUUCCAAUGCUGAUUGUUCAGAUGACGAGGUAUCUUCGUGCACAAGCAGGGAAGAAGGCCUCGAAUGCCCAAUAUGUUGGGAGUCCUUCAACAUAGUGGAGAAUGUGCCUUAUGUACUAUGGUGUGGCCACACCAUGUGCAAAAAUUGCAUCCUGGGCCUGCAGUGGGCUGUCACCAAAGUUCCAACAGUACCGAUCCAGCUACCAUUUUUCGUAUCCUGCCCCUGGUGCAACCUCUUGUCGCUGCGCAUAAUUUACAAAGGAAAUCUCACAUUUCCACGCAAAAAUUACUUCCUCCUUUGGAUGGUUGAGGGGAUGAAUGGUGAGCGGGCCAGGUCACAUUCUUCUACUCAUAGUGAGCAACAUACUCCUUGCCUCUCAAGUGGCAGCAGGGCAAGUGCAAAUGCAGUUACUUCGAACCCUAUUAGACGGCUGCCCCCGCCACGUGUUGAAACAUCCUCCUCCACUGUGAACCAUGCCAAUCGUAGGGCCCCGCUCUUGAAUACAGAGAUGGUGCAAGCUUCGCUGCGCAAGUCACUGUCCUUCUUGGUUCACCUGACUGCCAAGUUCCCACUGGUAUUUAUUUUUGUCCUCGUAGUGCUUUAUGCAAUCCCUGCCAGUGCAGCUGUCUUGUUGCUGUACAUUGUUAUCACGGUGUUGUUUGCGCUGCCUUCCUUCUUGAUAUUGUAUUUUGCUUACCCUAGCCUAGACUGGCUUGUUAGAGAAAUCUUUGCUUGAGAUUUCCUUUCAAAAAGGCUGUGCACAAUCUCAGUAUUGUUCUUGAUAUAAUACAUGUAGCUGAACUGAAUAUUUCUAGGUUCGUUCUUUUCUUGUCUGUCUAAGCUUGGAUAUAUGUCGUCUGUAAUUCAUGGAAAUGUUUGUCAGUUCUGGUGCCAA